AUGGGGAAGGUUAACGUUUUAGGUGAUGUAAUUCGUGGGCCAAAUGCAUGGCACAGAACAUGAGGCCGGCUUACAUAAGAUAUCUAGAGUUGUCUGCACGUGAUGCGAAAAUAUCAAGACAGUGGAAGCAGCUCGAGAAUCGUAAUUGUAAGAAGUCGUCGGUUUAACAUUGACAAUCAUCCAUGUAUAGCGUAAAUUGAACUCGUUCUGACUGCAAUUUUCCACAAUCAUGAAGCUCAAAGCCAGAACAUCUCUAGCUGUACUAGGACGGAUUGCACACCCAUCGAAGCCAUUUUCAAUCCAUGGAUUCCAUUCUCGACUCUUCACAAUCAACAGUAUCUCAAAACCCUCAAAACUUUCAGCACCUUUGAGAAUUCUGUUUUGUGGUUCUGAUGAGUUUAGUUGUGAAUCUCUUCGGUCAUUGGAAGCAGAGAAAAGGUCAGAUCCAAAAGGAAUUGCUUCUAUAGAUGUUCUCGUCCGACCAGGUAAAAAAACUGGAAGAGGUAUGAAAGAGACUCGUGAAGUGCCGCUGAAGAAAUUGGCCAAAGAAUUGAACCUCCGCAUACACGAGAGAGAUACAUUCACCGGCUGGGAUCUACCAAAACCAAAUGGAGAACCAAUCAAUCUUGUCGUAGCAGUUUCAUUUGGCCUCUUCGUUCCACCACGCAUUCUCAACAGUGCUGAAUACGGCGGAAUUAAUGUUCAUCCUUCACUUCUGCCACAAUAUCGAGGAUCUGCUCCACUCCACCAUACUAUCAUGAAUGGAGACACAAUUACUGGUGUCUCGCUUCAAACCUUAGAUCCACACAAAUUUGAUCAUGGCGCCAUUCUCUGUCAAGAAGGUUUUCCCAUUCCACAAUCUCAAACAAUAAAGUAUCAAGGUCUUCUAGACUUGGUCACACCUAAGGCGGCGAGCUUGCUUGCAAAGGGUAUCAGAGAUCGAGUCUUCAUAAACCCAGAACCAGACCAAGGACUCAAACUCGCACACAAGAUCAAACCAAUUGAUAGAUUCAUUGAUUUUGAGGAGGGAUUAUCUAUCAAUGUUGAACGAAAGUUCCGAGCGCUGGGACGACUUUGGUGCUAUACGCGUACUUGGUGGUCUGGAAAGAACAAAAAGAGGACAAUGUUUGAAGAUUUUGAGGUUGUCCCAAUGCCAAAGCAAUCUGGCGUGAUUCCAGAACAGGUGCUUUUGACAUUACCAAAGUGGGAGUACUUCUGUACUCGGGUGUACGAGGAUCCUACUCAUCCAGGAUCUAUCAUUAUUCCCACGGUUGAAGGUGUAGGGCUUCGAGUUAAACAUAUUCUCGUAGAAGGUCAGGUGGUGGGUUCAGCCAUUGAUGUCAUGCAUAAAGUAUCAGCUUUUACCAAACAUCCAGACGAUGACAAGGAUUUGUUCAUGGCUGUAGCAUUGACAGAUGUGUCGGAGGAUGGUAAAUUGGUUUUGCGCGAAGGUAAGGGCACCGAGUAUGCAGCGAAGCACCUGGUCCUACCAAAGGUGCUAAAGAUCAACAGGGCGCGCCACAUUGACCCUUACCCCAAGAAUCUAAGCCCUCUGGAUUGAAAUAUAAUUAUCUAGAUGCAUAAUAGAAUAACAAUUCAAGCAAAAAACCCUGAAAUCCGAUGGCAUGGAGUGUAUCAUAUCCUGCUUCGGGAGUUGGAGGUAACUAUCUGACCCGCGGAAGAUAGGUGGCUGGGUUAGAAUACCUUCGAAGCUUUGGGAAGAUGGGGAAAAAGUUGAUUUUUAUAGCAUUCGAGAAGCUUGAAUUAUCUGACAAAUAUCGAAAGGGCACAAGGUCGGCAAAUGUGCAAUAUUAGAAGGCAGGGAGGAGAAAGUCCAAAUAUCCGGUGUAGUCCAGAGACAAACCAACACAUUGCCGAGAGCGAGAUGAGUGUAUCAGUCCUUGUCCGAUACUUUCUAGAAACAAGAAAUAUCGGUACGCAAGGCUAAGGAAGAACAGUAAUGUCCCAUCUGUUCUAGUGAGGAGUGAAAGAUUCUCUUUUGCUGAAAUCGAGGAUUGUUGCUCGAUCAAUAUCUGACAAGCACCAGAAAAAUGAAUCCUUCAUGUACCGAGAAUAGGGUGAAGCAAUGGCUAAAGCGUAUUCGUUUCGAGGGAUGUAGGAGAAAAGUUCAUUUGUUGAUGACGAGAUUGGACACGUAACCUUCGUUCAGUAGGUAGGCACUAAAGAUGACGUUUCUUCCACUGUUGUAAGUAAACUGUAAAAUAGUCCCUCCGUCUGGAACAUUUGAGUCGUCUGGUGCUGCCAAAGAGGCUACUUGUUAUUUCUUAGCAUAAGAAGAGUAGAUCAACCAGCGCACAACGGGCGUUAAAAAGAAAACGAUUGCGAUUGUCAAGUAU